AUGCUCUUUGUUCUCUUUUCAGGUUAUUUAAAUGUUUCCAUUGCACCACUUCCUCCUGUGGUAAUCGGAGACACAGUCACACUAAAGUGCAACUUCCAAACAGACGGCAACCUCAGAGAGAUUGUGUGGUUUCGGGUGACUGAAGGAGGAAGUGCAAAGCAGAAGAUAUUCACCUAUGAUGCCAUGUACAACACCAACUACUCCAACAUGGAGGACUACCGCAGACCUGAGGAUCUGGUCUACCAGUCCACUGUGCGGCUUCCUGAGGUCCAGAUGGAGGAUGACGGCCUGUAUGAGUGCCAUGUGGGGAUCUAUGACCGGAGCUCCACAGGCAGAGUGAUUCUAGCCUCCAGCAGCAUCACCCUCACUGUCAUAGUACCUCCCAAGUCUAUAUCUGUGGUGGCAGCCAACAGCCCAGCUCCUUUCAGCCGCUACGAGGCGCAGAACUUCACUCUGGUCUGCAUCGUGACGGGAGCAAAGCCUGUUCCAACGGUGUACUUCAAGCGAGAUGGGGAGCUGAUUGAUGUGGUGCCAACUGUCCAGGUUUCCUCCUCAGUGGAAGACAAAAGAAAUGGCCCAAGGCUGGAAAAGAGCUGGAGCUCCCGGGCUCUCACCGGUAGAGACCUAGAUGACACUAAAGUCCAGAAGUCCCUGUCCCUGCUGGAACUAGAAGGGAAGCUGGCUCGGCUGGGCCAGGACGGCCCCCGGGGCUCAGACAAGGGCCAAGAGCAGGAAUCCGAAUCAGACCCCGAGACAACCACCGAGGCGAUCCCUGAGACAGUGGUAAGCCGGGAGUUUCCACACUGGGUCCAGAGCAGCGACCCGCUCUACCACUUCCAGCAGCAUCAGCAGGCGGCAGGGGACGGCACCAUGGAGGUGAGGGCCAUGCUGACCUGGAGCCUCAACCCCCAGCUGGACAAUGAGGCUCUGUUCAGCUGUGAGGUGCACCACCCGGCUCUGUCCAUGCCCAUGCAGGCCGAGGUCACACUGUCUACUCCCAGAGGACCCAAGCUGUCCAUGAGCCCCAGUAAGGCCAGGGUGGGGGACACCGUGCGGAUCACUGUCCAGGGCUUCAGGCUGGGACCUCCUGCCAGUGAGGUUUUUCCGGAGCCCAUGUACACCUGGACCCGAGUAGGGGGGCUCCUGCUGGAUGGCAGGGAGUACCAUGCGGGCAGAGAGCUGGUCCUGGACAGAGUCCCUGCUGAGCUCAAUGGCUCCAUGUUCCGCUGCACGGUCCAGAAUCCUCUGGGCUCCACAGACACACACACCCGCCUUAUCGUGUUUGACAACCCAAGACUGAAGAAAGGAAGAGGACAUGUUGUUGCCGCUGCACUGCGGCUCUGCUCCUCCUCCUCCACCCUGCUGCUGCUGCUGAGCUCCAGCUGGGGGCUGACAUGA